AUGUCCACGAGCGCUUGCAACACUGACGUCCGAGGAACAGGAUCGGGGAGUGGUGCAUCUGUGCCCCGUCGACGGCGUGGCUCGGAGAGCAUUCCGGCCUCAAAGCCAUCGUCUAAUGGCACACAGCCCAUCCCCAUCCACCAAAGAGGGUCCCAUCCUCAACAAUUAUAUACCGAUGCAUCGUCUCGUCUUGCAGUUGCUAAUGCGACAUCUUUGAUGAUGAACUCUCCAGCGACGACAGACUCUUCGCACCUUUGUCUUGUUUGCGAUGAUAGCUGCACUUGCGCUCCUACCCCGCUUUCUCAGCUUCAGUCCGCCUCGUCAUCGACGGUCCUCUCCAAAUGCGUUAAGACGCUCUCAAACGUCGAUAAAGAUACUUUACUACAAGCUCUUAAGCAAAUGUCACCGCGAGUCUUCAACUCCAUUACGCAGACGUUAAAAAAGAAAAAGAUCCUGUCAACAGAAGAGUCGGCCACUCCGGUGCAAGAUUGGACGCCUUCUUACGGGGGAUCUUCAGAUUUUCCCUCCACUUCACCUGAAUCUCUGGUUAUCAUUGAUAAUAAUAUCUCGUAUGAUCAUCAGGCUUCAUUUUACAAUCACUUGAAUCUGAUUUCUGCUAAUGCCGCUUCAUCGACUUCGCCUUUGGCAUAUUUUCCUUUAGUAGAGGAGUCUGGCGAGUCUCCCUUAGACGAAGGUCCCAAUGGUGCGAAAAGGACACUCUCUACGUCUCCUGCUGCCCCCGUGUUUGCUGCACUCUCUCCUCCGGUAAAUUAUUUGCUGAUGGAAGAGCUGCUUGAGAUGGAUCAAAUGAUUGAUGACCCUGUGUCUUCAGAAGAAUAUGAACGUGUUUUUUCGCGUAUCCAAUCGGCUUCCUCUACCUUUGGCAGACGGAGAUCCUCAAUUCCGCCUUUGAAAAAGAUCGCAAAAACAGCCGUUUUUCGCAAUCCCAAUGCGGACCCUUUUAUUAAUGGCAAUCCCCUAGCACCUGCCCAUCAUCCAUCAUCACCCAAUGACGAUGUUGUUUAUUAUGAAAAGGUUACGUCGUGGCUCUCACCUUCAGAAACAUCGUCGCUUAUAUCUGCUCUCAAGUUUGAUACUCGCGAUCAAAAUCUCUGUGGACUUGCGGAUGUACCCUUCUGUGAGGCCGUUCAUGUUCCAAAGCCGCCGAACGAAGAAAAGAAGCAAUCCAGUUCGAAUCGGAUACUGUCUGGGCUGUUAAAGGACUUGGCUGGCGUCAGCGUUGCAGAUCAACAAUCCUCAUGUGAUGAGUUCAUUGAGAUCGAAUUUCCUGGCGGUUAUUCUGAUGAUCUGGAAGAUGAUUCUGCCGAUGAUCUCGAAGAUGCUCCAGAUGAUUUGAUGGAAGAUGAUUCCAUCAGCUGGCCUUCUGUGCGGUCAGUGCCUAGGCCGACGACGACGUUCACCGUCGAUCCAAAGUCUUUGAUGGUCAACUAUGCCUCUCUGGAUUUGGACGAAGUCAAUUGUAACUCUGUCACUUCGGAAUCGAUGACGUCUUCUCUUGAUUCCGAUUAUUGCCAAUAUUCCAUCUGCGAUUGUAGCGGAAUAUGUUUCUGCGGUGCCUUUUUAGAAGUCAAGCUGGGGUCUGAUUGUGGAUUGGAGGACGAUAUUGGCUGCAGUGGAGCCGAUCCCCGCGAUGCGCUGUUGAGUGUGUGUUGCGGCGACGAUGUGAUCGUAUAUGAUGAUGUUAUUGCCAUCUAG